AUGGGUAGUAUGUAAUUACUCAAACCAAACCUAUAGCCUAGCUUGAGAAUCGAAUAUAUGAAGGGACCACGUUUCACGUCUGCAGUCAGAGAGAAAGAGGAACAGGAAAGGGGGAAGAUAUGACCAAGUUGAAUCCAAGAUGAUCAGAACAUACUGCGGUCAUCUUUCAAUCCAACUCUGAAGUAUCUUCUUUUUUUUUUGGAUUUGACUGGCGUUCGGGAGAAUACGGUCAAUCUUCAAUGGAAGUCACCAUUUUCCAAUUUACAAAGCAGGCAAAGGGCAAACGAUGAAGGGUUAAUUCCCAAUUUUUUUCCUUGUUUCAUUCAAAGACAUCAAUGGAAAACUAACACCGAUUUAUAGAAGGUACACCAUCAUUGGGUAAAAGACACAACAAAUCUCACACUUUAUGUAACAGAUGUGGCCGUCGUUCAUUCCACGUGCAAAAGAAGACAUGUUCAUCAUGCGGUUACCCAGCUGCUAAAAUGAGAUCACACAACUGGGCUUUGAAGGCAAAGAGAAGAAGAACUACUGGUACUGGUAGAAUGGCCUACUUGAAACACGUAGCCAGAAGAUUCAAGAACAACUUCCAAACUGGUGUUGCUAAGCCACAAACUCCAACUGAAGCUUAA